AUGCAAAUAAUUCUUAUAGAUGUCAAUGGGGGAUGGAGUCACUGGUACUGGAGUCCUUGUUCUGCUACAUGUGGGAAAGGAAUUAUAACAAGAACUCGAACUUGUACACAUCCUUCACCAGGAGACAAUGGUGCUUACUGCGUCGGUCCUUCGUUGCAGACUUAUGAAUGCAGUGGUCAACACUGCCCAGUGCACGGUACAUGGGGCAGUUGGAGUCAUUACAGUCAAUGUUCAGUAACUUGUGGUGGAGGGACACAGAUUCGAACACGUACAUGUACUCACCGACAUGUGCAUGGUGAAGUCUCCUGUCUAGGAUUGGCUAAUGAAACUCGAAAAUGUUCCGAACAACAUUGUCCAGAUUUUCAUACCGUGGUCAAUGGUGGAUGGAGCCAUUGGAGUCGUUAUGGUCAUUGUUCGGUUACGUGUGGGAUAGGAGUUAAAUCAAGAAAUAGAACAUGCUCAAAUCCUACACCAGCAAAAGGUGGCGCAACGUGUGUUGGUCAUUCCUUCGAAACUCAAAGAUGCCGUUACCAAUACUGUGAAGUUGAUGGAGGCUGGAACAGGUGGAGUGCUUUUGGUCAUUGCUCAGUGACAUGUGGAACAGGAAAUAAAACCAGAACAAGGACAUGCUCACAUCCAUUUCCUGCACAUGGCGGGGCUAAUUGUCAAGGUGUUAACUCUGAGGUUCAAAGCUGCACUGAACAACCUUGUCCAGUUGAUGGAGGCUGGAGCAGAUGGAGUACUUUAAGUGAUUGUUCAGUGACGUGUGGACCUGGACAUAAGACCAGAACGAGGGCAUGCUCACAUCCAUUUCCUGCACAUGGCGGGGCAAAUUGUCUAGGUGUGAACUCUGAGGUUCAAAACUGCACUGAAAAGCUAUGUCCAGUUAAUGGCUCCUGGAGUGUUUGGAGUGCAUUUAGUCAAUGUUCACGUACGUGUGGCUAUGGACUGAAAACCAGAAGGAGGACUUGCUCAAACCCUGCGCCUGCGCAUGGAGGUGCUUACUGUCCGGGAUUGAGAGUUGACUCCAGCAUCUGCUCGGAACAAUUAUGUCCGGUCAAUGGAGGAUGGAGUAAAUGGAGUAGUUUUAGCAAUUGCUCAACGUCAUGUGGAAGGGGAACGAUGACAAGAACUAGAACGUGUUCGAACCCUUCACCUGCACACAAUGGCGCAGAUUGUGUAGGUCAUUCAAUCGAGUCUCAUGCAUGCAAUGAUCACUUGUGUCCGGUGGAUGGAGAAUGGAGCAGUUGGAGUACAUUCAGUCAAUGUACAGCAUCUUGUGGCGGAGGGACACAAGUUCGAACACGUACAUGUACUCAUCCAAGACCUUUACAUGGUGGGGCCACAUGUACAGGUUUUGCGAAUGAAACACAGAAAUGCUCAGAAAACAGUUGUCCAGUCAAUGGAGGAUGGAGUAAAUGGAGUAGUUUUAGCAAUUGCUCAACGUCAUGUGGAAGGGGAACGAUGACAAGAACUAGAACGUGUUCGAACCCUUCACCUGCACACAAUGGCGCAGAUUGUGUAGGUCAUUCAACCGAGUCUCAUGCAUGCAAUGAUCACUUGUGUCCAGUGGAUGGAGGAUGGAGCAGUUGGAAUACAUUCAGUCAAUGUACAUUAUCUUGUGGCGGAGGGACACAGAUUCGAACACGUACAUGUACUCAUCCAAGACCUUUACAUGGUGGGGCUAAUUGUAAAGGUUCCGCUAAUGAAACACAAAAAUGCUCAGAAAACGGUUGUCCAGUGAAUGGUCAAUGGAGUACAUGGGGUCAAUAUAGUGCAUGUACCAAAACAUGUGGAAAUGGCUCUAAAACAAGGCAAAGGUUAUGUUCGAGUCCGGCUCCACUAAAUGGUGGAAACCCUUGUUAUGGCAAUAAUUCAGAGACUGAUCAAUGUAACAACAUACUAUGUCCUGUGGAUGGUGGUUGGAGUACUUGGACUGAUUACAGGAGUUGUUCUGUAACAUGUGGCGUAGGAAUACAAAAAAGGGAGAGAACCUGUACAGAACCUACACCUGCACAUGGUGGUACAGAUUGUGUUGGGCAAUCAACAGAAGUACAAAAUUGUACCAAAAUUGAUUGCCCAGUGAACGGUCAUUGGAGCGAGUGGAGUUUAUUUAGUGAGUGUAGCAAAACGUGUGGAAAAGGGUCUCAAAGACGUCAAAGGACUUGUACAAACCCAGCGCCGUCUAAUGGCGGAUUGGUCUGUGUCGGAGAUGGUCACGAAACUGUAGAUUGUGAAAUAAAAGCAUGUCCAGUUGAUGGUAGUUGGACGGCAUGGACUAGCUUUGGGGCCUGUAGUGUAACGUGCGGUACUGGAAUCAAGACAAAAACAAGAACAUGUACCAAUCCAGUACCAACUAAUGGUGGGAACACAUGUUCUGGACAUGACGAGCAGGCUGAAAUAUGUCACGAAAAACAUUGUGCAGUUGACGGAAAUUGGUCAGGAUGGGGAAGCUACUCACUUUGUGAUGUCACGUGUGGUACUGGUUGGAAAUUAAGAAGGAGGAACUGUACCAACCCACCGCCGAGUGGGGGUGGUGGGGACUGUGUGGGACUAAAUGAGGAAGGGAUCCUGUGUUUUAAUAAACCGUGUCCUAUUGAUGGUGCUUGGAGUAUGUGGUCUAGUUACAGCACUUGUAGUGUGUCCUGUGGCGGGGGAAACAAACAAAGAAAUCGGACGUGUAAUAGCCCUGUGCCAUCUAACGGUGGUCAAGAUUACAGUUUUGGAUAA